UGGCUGUUGAGCCUUUCAACCACAGAUUUUCCUGGCUUGAAGAGAACACCAGCCAAAUGAAACGUGGCAGUCUCGAAUCUAGCAACGCACUCGGGUACUGAGAGGAGACGUGCUUGAAAAAAUUAAUUUGUUGUGAUUUUUAUUUUUAAAAAGCCCAGAAAGAAUUACCAAAAACAAAAGAAAAAUAGAGUUUAAAAAGGACUUUAAUUUCUGAAAUGAAAACUGCAAACAUUAUAUAAUGGAAAGGAGGCGUCGGUGCUAAAAUCGGAGCACAAGUACUAUUACUUUUUCGACCCCAUUUUACCUCGUCACGUCUGUAAGGACAAAAAUACCCUCCUCCAUUCCAAGACAUCAAGACCAAGCACACGCACGCCGUACGCCUACUCCACAGCCCCCACUUGGCUGGAAUGACCCCAACAGAUUGAACAUCUUCAUUUCCAACUCUAUCCGAUUGAUUGGUUAUUCACCUGUCAUCAUCGUCUCUCAGGUAAACUCAACUUUCUAAUAUUAGGGUUUUGACAUUCGAUCGAAGAUGGGAGGAGGAGGAGCAGAUCAUGGACACGGAGCAGAGGGGGCCCACGGUGACUUUAGGGCGAAGGUUUGGAGCAUGAGUGGAGGUCCAUACUGCAGGCCUAAGCACUGGCGCCGUAACACCGCCAUCGCCAUGUUCGGCGUCUUUCUCAUCUGCAUUCCCAUCGCCAUGAAAUCCGCCGAGCUUGAGCAACGGCCACAUCAUCCUGUUCGCCCAAUUCCAUCACAACUCUGGUGCAAGAACUUUGGGACUAAAGAUUACAAUGACGUGCAGUAAUUUUGGAGCUUCUAUUGCUGGAAGUUUCUGCCUGGCAAAGUGCCUGCUGUAUCUUUUUGGUUGCAGGUUUGAGAAAAUUGAGACUUGUUCUGGUAAUAUUGGAACACGAUUUUAAAUCGUACAAUUUAAGGAGUGGAUUGUCAUCCUUGGUGAUAUUGUUAAUAAAUCGUUGUCUGUCUUUUGCCAUCAAGAAAAUGUUGAAACUGCUGCUUGAGAUUUCAAUUUGAUGCUAUUUUCCUUUCCUUUUCA